AUAGCAUUCUACCGAAAAAAUGUCACAACAGAUUAAUAUGAUAGAUAUUCAGAGAAAAUAUGCUAUUAUUUCAUCUUCUUUUACUUCUAUCGACUGAGAGACAUUGUUAGACAUUUCAUUGUUAUCGCGAAACAAUGUUGAAAAGAACUUAGCUAUAAAGCGCGUUGCUAAAAAAAUAUGCGUUUUCCUUUCAUAUAUUUUGAGAUCUCAAUUUUCUCUGAAAUGGAAACCCCGACAGUGGGGAGAAUAGUUGACUCAUAUACAACAAAUAAGGCUCUAUCGAAUGCACGGGUCAAAUCUAUCAUCUGUUUACUUUUAUUUUUUUCGAUUUUUUUCUCCAAACCGCAUAAUGUCAGCGCAAUUCACUCAUAUAUAUGACGAUAGAUGUGGCGGAUGGCUAGAUAGAAGAAGAAAAGGAAUGACAUAAUAAUAUGUGAGAGUAGGCCCGUAACAAUGAUGCUAAUAUUUACAAUUGCAAUGAUAUUUUAGGUGUCGAUUUACCUUUAGAUCAAUCAGAAGACGAAGAUAUUGAACUCAACAACAAUUACAAUAUAACAGUUCCGACGAAAACAUCAGGCCCAGCCAAACGGUCAGGGGUAAAACUAACAUGA